AUGGCUAGUGCCGGCGCGAGAGGCCAGAAGCCCGUUGGCUCUGCCGCAUGGAUUUCUACGGAGAAGGAAAAUGUUUCGCAGCUUGUGGAACAGGAAUUGGAGGAAGUGGAAUAUCCCGUGAGCCAUGAGAUGGAUUGGCUGAAUGAGCAUAUGGCAGAGAUCUUCAACAACAACCAAUUCAAUUUCACAGAGGCUUUUAAGACACCAGGAAAGUUACGAGGUAAGACGCCUCGCACUGCGCGCAAGCGGAACUUCGAGGAAUCUCGAGUGCCAUUGAGCGAAAUCUUCUCGACUGCCCACAACCAGAAAGAGAACAAGUCCAUCGCUAGCCCGACCGGUAAACGGUCGCCCGCGAAGCCUGCUGCUCCUAUACCGACGACAAACGCCAAGCCUACAACAGAAAAUGCGCCGCAACCCCAUUACCCUGACUUGAGCCAGAACCUGAACUCGCUCCCCCAAUAUAACACCGACUCAGGCUAUCAUGGCAUGACGGACGAUGAUGGUGAUGAUGAUGACGAUGUGGUUUUGACACAGACACAGCCAGAGUCGCAGACAUCCACACAAGCUUCGACACACCCUUUGCAAGAAAAAAAGCCUACCCCAGAGCCGCCCCAGACACACGACCUGGUCGAUCGACGCACAACAGAAUCCUCGUUCCAUUCGGCGCAGGAGGAUAAUCGCCAGCGCGGCGAGACAAUGGAACCUGCGGACGAUGCCCCAAAGACAUUACAGAAAGUUGAAGUGCAUCCUCCCAAAUUGCAGCUCAAGGAGAAAAAACCGGAAGAAAAGCCAGUCUCGAGGAAGUCUGAAUCUGGGCAGAAACAAGAUCCCGAACGGGUGCCAGAGAAAAAGGUCGCCGAAGAGCCAGAAUGGAAGCAUGAGCAGAAGCCCGAGCCGAAGUCAAAGCAGAAGCAGGAGCGUGAGCCUCAACCUGAACAGGAUCUCGAGUCGAAAUCAGAAGAGGAGCCCGAAACCGAACAACAGCCUGAACCUGAGCCUGAGCCUCAACCUGGACCAGUUCAGAAUACCAAAUCGUCGCCUGUGCACACCCCUGCAACGCAGCCAUCUCGGUCUGUACAAGAAGACGACGCUGCUGAGAUGGAGAAGGAGGAUAUGGCCCUUGAUAACCUUGACGACCAUGAUGAUAUCGGAUCACCUUCAGAUGGUUCGACUCCUGAACGACCACCGAUCCGCAAGAGCAGCUUGACUUUCGCGUCGCUCCCUGCACGAGAACCUUUGACAAAGAAGAGCCUGGGAGGUGCAAGGGUUUCCAGAACGAGCCAUAUCGGCUCCGGCUUCUUGGGGCGGCAAACUGGAGGUCACAGGACAACUCAAGCCGCUCUGGAGGAGAACGCAUCGCAGGCUCAAGGCGAGAAAAUGGACGUUGACGAUGAUGUGGAACUGACACGCGAUGGAACAGAUGCUGAGACGAGGGCGAGCAAACAACACAACAAGUCUUCCACGCAAAGACUCCAUGAGAAGAUCAGCAUGCUGGGCAAACUUCAGCCGUCACGACCCACCAAGUCAAUUCCAUCCGUGUCAGGCUUAUCCUCUGCACAGGUGACUUACCCUGACCUGCCGAAGACAGAGGCAAAACCCGAGGCAUCUGAUCGAAAAUCGCGCGAGACCCCGGCCCCUGAACCCAUGGCGACUGACGAGGAUGAAUGGAUCAAGCCUUCUGUGAACACUCCUCAGCGUCCCAAUCUGGCCAAAAGUCGGACUAUGGACAUCAUGGAGAAAAGUAACCAGGCCUUUGAGAAGGAUGACACGGCCCGUAGCCCUGACAUGGGUGGUAACCGAAUGGCGAAACCUUAUGAGGAUCACACUGCUGAGAUGAGUCGUCCGAAAUCCACGACACCGCUGUACACGCCUCCGCAACACCCAAACCACCAAAAGAGUGUAUCCGUGUCGAACUUAACCGGUGGAGGGUCGACCACUCCAGCAGGUUCCCCCAAGCCACAGGAUGCGCCAUUGAGUGCAUCUAAGUGGAAACUACAAUCGAUUAUGAAGUCCGCCAAGGGUCUAUUCUCUACGGCUGGCAGCGUUUCUGCUGCAGCAAGGGUCGAGGCUUCGUCGCCAACUGAGUCACUAAAGCAGCCUGAGGAGCGCAUCAAGCCUCAGAGCCUGAGCCGCCAGGAACCUCAGCCUGCUCAGGAAUCCACACCACCAAGGCCGGAAGGUCGUAGGACACGCAGCUCCACGGAACGGGAGGAGAAACGCAGGCAGCAAGAGGUUGAGGAACGUGAGCGGGAAGAGCAAGAAGAAAGGGCCCGAGAACAGGAGAAGCAAAAGGCAAUUCAACUCAAGGCUGCCCGGGAGAAGGCUUCACUUGAGCGUGAAGAGCGCGCAGCUUCUGUUGCACCGAGUCCCAAGAAAAUACCACAACCACAGAAACACGCAUCCAAGGAACCCGAACCCACCUACGAAACCGCUUCCAAGCCCGCAGCGCCUUCUUCGAUUCCCCAGCAAAAACAAAAUGAGCGUCGUCCCGUCAAGCCCACUCGGGAGACUCUUCAGAAACCAAAGCCUCAACCGGUUUCCAUCCGUGUCGGUAGUGCUCUUUCUCGACAGAUACCCAUGGCAUCCGGUUCAAAUGCUCAAGAAUCAGUCGCCGCUGCACCUACCCCCGCCUCUGCUUCGAAGCCGUCAACAAUCAAGAAGAAGGCUAGCAAUAACUCAUUACAUACGGCAUCUUCCAACAACAGCCUCAAGAGCUCAGUGUCCAGUAACUCGCAGCGCAAGGUUCAACUUGCCAGUGAGCGAAAGAGGGAACAGGAGGAACGUGAAGCGCGACGCAAAGAGGAGCAGAGACGUGAGCUGGAACGUAAACGCGCCGCUCAGCAACAGGAAGAAGCACGCCGUCAAGAGCUCCGGAGCCGUGCAGAGGCUGAGCGUCGCGAGCGUCAGGCGUCUGUGGACCCCAAGAAGGCUGCUCACAUGCAGGCAAUUGAAAAACGAAGGUUGGAGAAUCAACGGAGGCUCGAAAGGCAGGGCAGCCAACAGCCUGGUGAUACGGGCAUGCUGCAACAGCCAGAGAGGCCAGCUUCGCAAGCGUCCAGGUCGGCUUCGCGAUUGGGUUCGAUUCAGCCGUUUGGUCGGUCCAUCAACACCCCGCAGCCAAAUCCCGCCAAACCACCUAAGCGGGCCAUGGAUGACGAAGCCAGUCACCGUCCUGCACCUCCCAAGCCUAGUAUCAUACCUCAGCCUGGCGAUCCUAAGCGCAGAAGGACCGAGGAUGAACACAACCCUCCUCCGUCUGUACGUCCGGCCAUGGCUCCUCCGAUCCGCCAAUCCAAUAUCCGCAAAGAACCCACCAAGCCCUCCAUUUUUAACGGACAGCGCACAUCUACAGCACCCCAGUCCGGCUCCUCGAUCCUCAAGACCGCCCAACCGCAGAGACCCGCGCAUCCUCUGGACAUGUCUAAGUAUGCUAGCGGCAAGAUUCCCUUCGCAGAGCCCUCGAACGCGGCACAACCCAAACCAGGCCCAAGCUCCGCUCAAAAAGCCGCCAACAAACAAUCACCGAAAUACCCCAGUGGCGAAAACAUCGCCCUGCCCGAGAUUGCGACGGACAGCGAAGACGAAGACUCCGACGCAGAAAUGCUCCCUGUGCCCAAGUGGGCUCAGCCUAGGGAACUCGAGAACCUCCUCCGACAACAAGAAGGCAUGGAAGUCGACUCGAUCUUCGGGCCCGUCGCACCUUUUUCGCUCGAGGAAACCUUCAAGGCGGACAAGAAGAUCAAGAAAUUCCGUGAACGGACUAGUAGCGCGAAUUGGUCCGGUGCCGAUCGUCUGACGCAGGAUGAGAUUCGGAAGGAUCUUGCUGAGCGGCAGCGUUUGCGGUUGAAUGGGGGGUGGACUUUUGAUACCAAUUGA